ACUAUUUUCCUGUCUCCGUUCCGGAAGAAACCCUGGAAAAAUGGCGAAGGCUAUGUAUUUAGAACAUUAUUUGGAUAGUAAGUUAAAUAUAAAUCAUUACUUUUAGACCUCAUAAUGCAAAAUAUAGUUUUGAAUAAUCAUAGUUACAUUUAUAUUAAAACAUAACUUCAAUAUAAUGUGACAAAUGAUCAUAGUAAAGUGAUGUCAAAUAAAGCAGUAGAUCGUGGACGGAAAUAAUUAAAAAACAACUUUGGCGCGCAGCCAAAAUAAAAAUGUUGCUGUUCUGUUCUGAUAGGCUUAGACUAUUUUAUUGCUGAUAUAGCUAUAAGUUUCAUAAGUGCGCUUUUUAGGUCUAUUUUGCACUCUGUGUAUUGUGUUGUUACCGUUGUUUUUACUAACCGUGUCUUAAAAUUGUUUAGUCCUCAUUUCAUUUAAACUUAUUUACUUAUUUCCUCAUUUUAUUUCCUCUAAUCUAUUUUUUAAUAAUUAGUCAUUAGUUAAAUUAGCAUCUUUUUGUUUACAUCAUCAUUCAAUGAAAAUGGGAUGGCAAUACUAAAUCAAAACUUGAUUGCCUAGAGAUCACAUCUUUUAAAUGAAAUUAUCUUUUUUUUAAGUCCCAUUUUUGUCAAACUUUGAUAUUUUUUCUCUAAUAAAUAGCAAUUUUACUAUAAAAUUGUAUUUAUAUUUAGAUUAUGUUAGUCAAUGUUAGUGUUAGCAGUCUGUAGUGGCAAAAGUGCGGUUGGUGAUAGUGGCAGGGCCGGCGAUGUCCGAUGCCUUCCAUGACCAACCAUGGCGUAAUACUAAUACUGGCACUUCUUUUUUCAACCAAUUAAAAGACAGCAUUAUUAUUAAAAAAAAAAAAAUUAUGGUGCGCUCAUAUAUUUUAUGGUGUUAGUCUUGGGACUUGGCCUUGGGAUAUCAACAAGGAUAAGUUCCCAUUUUUUUAAAUUUUCUUUUGAACCUUGAAAAUUGAAUUUUAACAAAACAAAUUGCAUGGUCAUGGACAUGGAAAUUUUCAUUUUAAAUAUAUUUCAUAUUAAUGCAAUGGUAUUAAUAGUUUGAUUUUAUAGCUCAAAUAAUUUCAGUGAAGAAUGGGAAAGUUAUCAUACACAUCACUGAGGACCAAGUCCAAAUAUUGGUCUUUGCCCCUUAAGUUCAGUGUUGGGAUUACCCAAAGUUACAUCACUGCGCAUAGGGUGAGACAACUCUCUUGGCAAAGCCCAUGCUGCCAACUACACUUUUACUGCUGUAGUCUGUAGUACUAUACUAGCUACUUGGACAAAAUUUUCACAAUGAAGUUACAGUUUCCACUCCGAGUUAUUUAGACAAGACUUGAUAACACCAAUGGCUUAUGAUUGAAACAAAAUUUAUGGUUUAAGGCAUUGUAGGUAAAUUUUAAAGAAAGGUAUGAUUUUUUUUUGUGUGAAUUAUUUUGGGACAACUGUUACUGUUAAUUGAGACAUAAUGUGACAUAUAAGUAUAAGAAAAUAUAAAGUGACUACAAUUAAAACUGGUCAGAUACUGUAUGAGAGAGCUGCCUCUCCUUCGUCAUAAGCUUUUUCUUAUUUUCAAGCUUAAAUGAAAAAUGGUAUCCUUGGAGGAAAUCUGGUCUUCAUACCCAUGCCCAUGUGGUCAUUGCUUUAAAACUUAAAUAAAAUUGUUGGGUUAGGGCUAGAGUGGGGGGAAAAUGUAUUUGCCCCUUUUAGUAUAUAAUUGGAUACUUUAAACAAGGGUUAUCAUGAAAAUUGUGAAUGAUGGAGAAUGUACCAGAAAGUAAAUAGUAGAAUUGCCUUAUUUCAGCUUGAUGAAUUUUUCCAACAAAAUUCUUGAUUAAAAAUCUGAAAAUACAUUAUUGGACAGCAUCCAAUUUUCUUUAAACUGAUCUAUCACACAACCCAUUUAAAGAAGAAAUUACUGUAAAGUGCAAUUUUUCCAAACUCAUGUGCGAUGUUCUGUACAUUUUCAAGUGGAUAGAAUGUUCUGGAUUAAUGGGUUGUCACAAAAUAUAAUAUACAGGUGAAAUACGAUUCCUGGAAGAUCUCUCCAAAUGAAUAUCUCUAUCUUACUUAUUUCAUGUAUAUUUUAAUUACCCCAAGCAACAUCAAACUUUUGCAUGAAUUCGAUGAGCCAAAAAGAAGGAAAAAUGUAGGGUUAUAAUAACUGAAGGCUGCAACUAAUCCUUUUUAAAAUGAGACCAGUGCGACCACACCCUUGCAUAAGUAAUAUAUAAGCUUAUGAUCCCAGCUUUUGAAAUUUAGGCCAUUAUACAUUACUAGAAUGUUACAAAAACAAGUACAUAUAGGCUUAUCAGCAAAUAAGAUGCAGUACAUUUUUCUUCAUGUAACCCUCCAAAGUGGUAGUUAUGAAUAGAUUGCUAGCAAAAGUAAGCCUACUAAACAUUAGUCAGGAAAUAAAGUUGAGGUUAACCUGCUUGACUAAUUAAACUUAAGUUUUUGUUCCUGGUAGGCCUAUUAAAUAAAAUCUAAAUUUUUUCUUUGAUUUGAUAGAUAUUAUUGGCCCAACUUCAGUUUUAAAAGUUUAAAAAUAAUUAUUUGUAUCCAGUCAUUUGAGUUACUCAAUAAAAAAAAUCAAAAUUUAAAAAUAAUAAUAAUUUCAGGCUUGGAAUCUCUGCCAGCAGAAAUGCAGAGGAAUUUCAACUUGAUGAGAGACUUGGAUCAAAGAUCUCAAGGUAAACAGUAAUAUUAGUUAAGAUUGUUUUUUUUAUACAUGGGGAACCAAAUAAAAUAGACAGCUAAAAGUCCCCCAAAGUGUUGGGUUAGUUUAAAUAUCAUUCAUAAGUAUCAUGUUCAUUAAAUUACUGAGGUGAAUUAAUGUUGAGAUUCACUAAGUGUUAUAGACCCUGCAUGCAUAACUUUUCAGUGUUGUUCUAUAUUUAGAUCUCAUGAAAAAAAUUGACAAAGCAGCAACGGAUUACCUGAACAAAGUCCGUCACAUGUCACCCGAAAAGAGAACCAAUCAGCUAAAUCAGAUUGAGUCGAUGUUCAGCAAAAGUCGAGAGUAUGGUGAUGACAAAGUUUCAUUGGCCAUGCAAACAUAUGAAAUGGUAAGGUAGGGUAGUUACCAAUAUUAUUUUGCUUAAACCCAAAUUAUUCAUUCAGUUGUUUUAAAAAUCAACAUUCAAUUGUUAAGCAAUAUAGUAGAACAUUGAUUUUCCAAACACUGAUCAUCCGAACUUCCUGUGUCAUUAAAAAAAAUUGUUAUUGUAUUGUGCUUGCAGUGAACAGAUUGGAUUAAUGCAAAUGUGAUCAGCAAACUUGUUAAUUAAUGUAUAUCUCAAAAUACACCCCUGUGACCUUGCAUUUUAUUCUAAGAGCCAGUCUUUUAUUUUGAAAAAGACUUCUUUUUAACAUCAAUCAGCUGACUCUGAUGUACCCUUUAUAAUUACUAUAGACUAUACACUGUACAAUAAAGCACCAUAUCUCAUGCGUAUAAAUUAAGAAUACGUUAUGUAUUCUAUGCACUAAUUUUAACUCACCUUUUCUGUGGAAAUGUUAGGUUAUCCCCGGUCCUAAUUAGUCUAUAUAAAUUAUGCUCCACUGUAAUUUAGGACUAAGUUCCAACUUGCUAUUACUUGAUUGCAUUGUUAAUUUAUUUAUUUUUUAGGUUGACAAGCAUAUACGAAAGCUAGAUGCGGAACUAGCCAGAUUUGAAGCAGAUUUAAAAGAUAAAAGUUCUGGGCGUAAAAAGGAAUCCCCUGAAGGCAAAGCCAUUGGUAAAAAGAGUAAGUCUUUUUUUUUUUUUUUUUUUUUUUUUUUUGUGGUUAAGAUAAAAUUUUUUUUUUUUUUUUUUUUUUUUUGUUGUGAUGGUAGACUAAAAUCUAUUUAUUUUAUAGUGGCAAUUUUUCUGAAAUAUUGAAGUUAAGUUAAUAUUGUCAGCUGAUUGAAAAUGUGCAUUAGAUUGAUGCAGUAAAACUUGUAUAGAGAUUAAUUAUUAGAAGUUAAUGAUGAUGAUAUGAUAAUAAUUUUUGCAAAGGUUUUAUCACAUUUCAGUUGAUUGAUCAUUUUCAAAAAGAAUGACCAAAAUUUUAAUUUUUUUCAUGUAAUAAUACAAUUUUUUAUGCCUUUUUGCAAUUAGAAAAUGAUAAAGAGAAAAAGAAGCGGAAAAGUAACAAAGAAGAGUUCGAAGAUGAGAUCCCAAAGAAAAAGAAGAAGAAAGGUGCACAAGCCGAGUAAGUUUUAGAAGCAUUGGUACUUAAGAAACAAAAAUGCUUUUUUUGGUAGUUUCAAAAUUGUGCUUUUUUUAAAAGUGGUGGCUGUCACCAUGUGGUAUUUAAAAGGUUUUCAAAUUGCAAAUGAAAUCUGGCUUUGGGCUGUGGAAUUGUUGAAUCUUUAGUCCGCAUUUUAGUAAUUUGGACCAAUGUGAUCUCAGAAGUGUCAAAUAAUUGAGGAUACAGAGCAGCAAGAGUUGCUUGAAAGGUUCUGAAGCAUUUGAUCAUGAUUUGAAUUCCUCUAUUGUUAAGUUUUAAUUUUUUGUCUCUCAGCCCCUGUGCUGGUCAUUUUCCUUAACAAAGCUGGAGCUCAUUCAUAUAUUUUUGUUAAUUAAAUGCGCAAUUCAAUUAAACUUUUUGGAUACAGCUUUACUAAACCUUUUUUAACACCAUAACAGUGAAAUAUGUGCAAAUACUUGCUCUAUUUUGUUUCUUUCCCCUGAUUAAAAAGGUCUGUCAAAUUAUUUGUUUGUCUUCCUGUUAAUCUUGUUUAAAUUUUUUUUUUUAGAUACAUUGUCAUUUAUUUUUUUAAAACUUUAUUGUUAUCCAAACAUUGAGCAACUUUGGGAACAAUGAGGAUUUUGCAUAGACAAUACCUUUAAGCUUACAUUAUGUCCUCUAUUUUAUAAUGUUAACAUCACUUAAUUACUUCUGCCUUUUUUAGGCAUAGGUGUCAGUAAGUGUUUUUCCAUUGAUCUCAGUCCUAUGCUUUGCUUUCUAGUAAUGUUAAAUGUGUAUUUUAAUUUUGUUUGAAUGUGGCCUUUCUUUUUUUUUUUUUAAAAAAGGGUAGGACAAAUAAGAGACAAUAUGAAGCAUACAAACUUUAGAAAAUGAAACUUUCCUUGAUAAAUCCUCUGAAGUUCCUUCUACCUUAAUUAUCUGUUUUGAUAACCACACAGUUUUCUUUUCAAUUUUGUGUUUGGGGUUUCAGUAUUUCAGCCCAUACUCUCCUGAGAAUAUAUUAAUUUAGGGCUGACCGAAUGUUUAUUUCAGAGAAGAGGUCGAGAUGAGUGCUAUCAGCCCAUUCCCCUUGACGACUCAUCCCUCUGAUGUCUUAGACAUGCCUGUUGACCCCAACGAGCCAACGUAUUGCUUGUGUAACCAGGUUUCUUAUGGUGAAAUGAUUGGCUGUGACAACCUAGAUGUAAGUACAUUUUAACAUUUUGAAAUUGAACUGCUGUGUUUUUUACUGUAUCUCUUUUAGUUCAUUUUUUUCUUCUUCAAAUUUUACAACAGGCAUUAAAAUAAAUAAACUUCAAACACGAAGAGUUGAAAUAGUUUAUGAUGUGACAGACAAUGCAUUUUCUCUUUAUUCAAUGUUAUAUAGAUAUUUAUGGAGGAUUUUUGGAUGCCCUCAAUUUUAACAAAUGUGUACUUACUUACAUGUUUAGGGAGUUAUUAAUUAUAGAUAUAGUGACAAUAUGAUUUGUAAUUGCCAUAUAAUUUUUUAGGACGAAAUAAAAAAAAAAAUAAUGUUUGCAAAGUUCUUUAAAAUUUUAAAAUUUGGUCUGAGUGAUACAAUUUUUAAAUUUUUUUUUCAGUGUCCUAUUGAAUGGUUUCACUUUGCAUGUGUUCAACUAAAGACAAAGCCCAAAGGCAAAUGGUACUGUCCUAGGUGUCAGGAAGAAAGAAAAAAGAAGUAAUCUAGUCACAUUAUCUUGUGUUCAACUAUAAAUACAAUCAAAUCACAUUGUUGUUCGUUGUUGUUACUUGAUAUUAUGAACAUACAGGUCAUUGAUACAGUGGAACUUCUUUAGGAUAAAUGAUCUUAUUUAGUCUUUUGAGCUGUAUUUUAUAUAUAUAUAUGUAUAUUUUUUUAAAAAAUAAGCUUGAUUUUAAUGUGUAAAAAAAACCCAAAAAAAACAGCUGUUCAUUUCAAUUUAAUAAAACCCACAGGGUAAAAUUUAAUGAAUUUCUUAUAUAUCCAUUCAGGUAACCAUAGGGGAAAGUAAAAAAAAAAAAUAAAUUAUAAAAUAAUGGUGGCAAUUCACCUUCAGUAAAACAUUUAAAUUCUACAUGUCCAAUCUGCAUUGGCUAAAAAAUUAUGUAUUUUGAAGCUUUAACUUUUAAGAUCAGUAUUAAUUACUAGCGAUUGUAGUUGGCCAAAUACUCUUAAUUGCUAAUUUUAAAAAAAAGUUUUAGUGUUUUUUUCCCCAUCAAAUUUAAAUGAACUCCACUGUAUUUUUUAAAGGAACAUUAAAUGAGUUCCACUGUAAUUUUAAGGAAUGUGGAAUAAAAGAUAUUAUAAUAUAAUGUAUCGGAGUACUUUUCUGCUCUGAUCUUAUUGUAGCUCCCUUCUUUUUUCUUAAUCAAAUAAGAAAAGAGGCAUUGACUGCUUUGUAUUAAAUCUUUAAUCAACAAUAAUUACAGCACUUGAUAAAUCUUUUUAUUAUUUAUUCCUUAAUUUUCAGUUAUCAGAUUGUUGGGCACAAUUUUUAUAAAGUUUAAAUAUAUGUAGAAAUGAUUACAUUUGUAUAUAUUUAAAAAAAAAUCAUUAUAUGAAAUUAAAGCCACUAUGAACUCUUAUGUUUUUUUGCAAUUUUUAGGAAAGCGUCAGAACGGUUUUUUUUCUUCUCAAAGAUGAUAAGUAAAAACAAAAAUUCAAAUUUAUAAUUAGAUUCUUAUAAAGAGAAAUAAAAGGUGUUUUUAAAAUGUUAACCAGUAACUAUUUAGUUGAUUUUGAUAAUUUAAUUUCUUCCGGUAUUAGUAAUUUACCACUGUAAGUUUCUCUUGAACAAAUUAUUAAAGCAACAUUAUACAUGUAUUAUACUCAUGCUAUUUUACCAACAGUCAUGUAAAGAUUGCCUGUGAUUUUGGUCAAAGUAUGGUGUAUAGUGUAAGGAGUGUUGUGUCAUAUCCUGUGGGCUGAAUGCAAAAUAUGACUGCAAGGACACAUUUUUAUCUCUCAGCUUAAAUGAUGUGUCUGAUUGGAUGGUGUGUGGGAUUACUGCAAGCUGUGUGGCUGAAUGAUGUGAGUGAUUACUGCAAGGUGUGUGUGCUUGAAUGUGUUAAUUUCUGUAUGGUUGCACUUAUUUUGGCCAUCUGGUGAAAAAUUUUAAAGUGUACAAAGAAAUGUUUAAUUUUGAUGCUAUUCAUUCUUCUGAGAUCUAUAUCUGAAGUUUUGGGGGGAUUUGAUUAUUUAAAUAUAAAAUGCAUGUGGAGAACAUUCAAAUUUUAACAUAUUUUAUUUGUAUAUACCUAUGUAAGUAUUGUACUUUUCCCUUCUGAUUUUGAUAACUGGUUUUAAUAGAAAAUUAUUUCAUCUCUGAAAGGCCAGGCUCGAAGGGGUUAUUAUCAUUAUAAUUUCCUGUAUCAUCCUUUAAACAAUAGUUAUAUUUGGUCAUUUGUUUCCUGUACAAAUAUACUAUACAAAAUUUGUAAAAAAAGAAAUAACUUUUUUUUUUCUAGUCCUCAUCAUUUUUAGAAACCUGAUACAUUUUUAAUAAAUUUGCUUGUGACAUUGUUUAUAAAUUUAUCAAUGGAUAAAUAUUUCCUAAAUGAUUAUGUAUCUUAUAUUGUUGCAUGUUUACUUUUAAAGUGCACUGUUGGUUUUUCCCUAAGCAAACAUUUUUAAUGUUUUCCCUGAAAUUUUCUUAACUGUAGAUUAGUUUGUUUUCAACUACGUUAGAAUAUAAAUGAUAAUUUAGAGUUAUUUGAAGGUAAAAUGAAAGGCUUCUAAUUAUUGAUGAUCAAUUUGCCUUUAAUGGUCAUAUGAAAAUAUGUUGCCUGAGAAGGAAAAAAAUAAGUCUUUAAAUGACUGAAAGUGAAAUAAAAUAUUUUUCCACAUGUACAAAGUACAAUUUUGUUUCUCAUGCUAUUCCAUACUUUUUUUAAAUGGACACAAAAUAAGUGUUUGCCUGUAAUAACAUUUGUCAUAAAUCAAUCAUAAAAACAAUUUUAAGGACAAUGAAUUGUGGUUAUCAACUAAUGUGUGGUGAUUAAUUUUUCUUGCUGUUAGUGUUGUAUUUGAAAGCUUAUGUUGAUACAAAAAUAAACCUUUUGACAGAGCAUUUUGUGCAAUGAUAAUUAAAUUGUUGCAUAAAUAAUUCAAAGUAUUACAUAUGUUAAUUAUUCGUUUGAAUGAUUUUGUCAGUGAGAAUUUCAGAUAAUUUUAUUUAUAUAUAGUGCUUGGACUGAUGUACUUAACAAUUUCCUGAAGAAAAAGAAAUUUAAUUGAUGUAUACUUGUUAUAAAUAUCCUUUAUGGAUCACCUUAAAGCAUUUUUGAGACAGAAAAUAACUAUUUCAAUGAAAUACACUUAGAACAAUUACUGUGUGAUAAACAAUUAAGUGAUUUCUCUGACUGGAAAAAAAAAUCUGUAUCAAUUUGUCAAUAAAAUUAUGAACAUUAA